AUGCGCUUUGGCGUAAAUCAGGCUGUGCGCCUCGCUCGUAGCCCUUUGGCCCUUGGCUACACGCGCAGGACCCGUUCGGACAGCCAGCCAGCCCGCCGCACCACGCGCGCCCCGCGCGAGCCCCGUAUUUUUACGGCACACACCUCCAUCUGGGAUACACAGCGCAAGCAAACACAUCAAUGGAGCCAGCCGACUACUUGGUGCACGUCAAUGCGUUACUACCGUGCCUCGUCGUCUACUACGCAUUAUCAAUACAAAAAAAUGUCUUCCUGGCCGUGGCGCUCUACGAACUCGUUUUAGUUGGAGGACCGAUCCUCACACGACGUCUAAGACGAGAGAGCACAGGCAUAAAGGCAGUGGAAAGAUUAGGAAGAUCAUUAACGAAGCCGCGGAAGUGGACGACCUGCGUGCAGGCCACGACCGGGACGUUGUGUGCCGUGGGCUUCGGCGGGUUUUUUAUUUAUCUGACCAUGUUCCAAAAACCUCUAAAACUGCUGGGAAUAGAGAAGGCCAUCCGGGACGGAACGGCGGAGCGCGGAUUGGUGCUGGGUUCGACGAUGAGAGAUGCGUUUCUGGUCUUCAUGGGAGUUUGGUUUUGCACCGUGAAUCCGCUCGUCGAGGAGUUAUUUUGGAGGGGGUAUAUACAUGCGGAGCUCGGGAAGCAGCUCGGCGGCCGCCGCGAAAGCGACGAGGUCUCGACGACCGAGGACGAGACGGACGAGGACGAGGCCUCGCCGCGGCGGCGGCGGCGCGGGUUGCUAGAUGCGACGGACCAGACCGAGGCGAGCCGUCUGCUCGCGGCGGUCUACUUCGGCAGCUUCCAUGGGGUGGUUGGCUACGUCGUCGCCGGUUUCGUACCCGCUGUGGUGGUCUUUUCCGCACUGGUGUUCGCGGGUCGAUGCUGGACGUGGCUGGGAGAGCGCCACCCCUUCGGCUUUCCCUUCCUCGUGGCGUCGCACGCGGGCUGCGACGUCUGGGUGGUAUUAGCUGUCAGUGCGUUGGACUUUCGGUGGGCUCAUGCAGCGGCUCUCAGAGCCGCGCUGGCCGUGUCUCUCGUAUUAUGUGGUGUCGGCGUCGUGCUACUAGGAAUGGCCUGGCGCCACGAGACGUUCCCCGCGCGGCCACGAUGCAUUGCGGCCGACGAGGAGCCACUCGCGUCGCCGCUGACGCGGACGCGGUCGAGCGAGCGCGCGGGCGUGGGCCUCGUGUAAUAACGUAUUGUGACUUU